UUUGGGAGGCGGCGGGCGAGACGCGUGUCCGGCGCAGCACGUGGGGACGGGCGGGCUGCGGGUUGGCGGUCGCCCCGAGCAGAAUAAGGGAGAUAAACUUGAGUUUGGAAUCCGAUCCAGGGAUCUUGGUUUGAAAGGGGACACGAUGCUCCUCAGGUCACCUGCAUAAAAGGAUGACACCAUGGGAGGCAAGAGCAAAGGGAAGGGCUCAGGGAAAGGCAAAGGCAAGGGUGGCAAGAAAUCCAAGAAGGCCGUCAUGGAGGUGGAUAUUCUGAGCCCAGCGGCCAUGCUGAACCUCUACUACAUCGCCCACAAUGCCGCCGCCUGCCUGGAGUUCCGUGGCUUCCCGUGGCCGGGCUCUCUGAAGAAGAAAGGCAAGAAGAAGAAGUAGCAGCCCCGCGGGGGCAAGAUGGAA